AUGUCAGUUCUUGGUCAAAAGUUACAUGGUAAAUUUUGCACAGGAGAUAUUAGAUGGAAUCCAAAAAUUCAAAUUAUUAAGAAACUUAUGCUUACUCCUGGGCAACCCCCAACCUAUCUUGUAGAUGGUCCUCAUGGCAAGCUAGGAGUAUCUAGUUGUGCUUAUAUUAGAAAACAACUCCAAGUAGUCCCAAAUAAUGAGAAUCCACCUCCAGAUUCUGUAAUUCGUGGAAAACAAGAUAAAUUCAUUCCUGAAAAAAUUCUUAAGCAAAGGACUUAUAAAGGUAAAAAACAAUACCUUGUUAAAUGGCGCCGAUAUCCUGAAAAUGAAUCAACUUGGGAACCUGCAGAUAGAUUUCAAGAAGAUGCUCCAGAACUUGUAAAUGAAUUCCUGGGA